UGACGCAAUUAGAGCCGUCCUCAGAUCUCAAUAUAUGGACAAGAGAGCAAAUAGCGCUGCUACUUCCUGGUUCGGAUUAACCACAGCACCCCACACGAUCGCCCAGGCAGGUAGUCCGGGCGAAGCUGCGCCGUUAGCCAGAAAACUUUGUCCCGCUGGUAACAGAGAGAGGGGGGUGGGAAAGACUGGAAAUUAGUGUACUGGGGAGGAGGGAGACUGGACGGACCCCAUCCGGGCUUCGACGCGUAACGGGGCGAAACGCUGCCCUUCAUUGCAACCAGCAAUUUAUUACUACUGAUUAUUCAAAGAUGAGGAUAAAAGUUGGUUUUUUCCUGCGCGCCCUUCUGUUCAUUGGUACUUUACUGGGCUUGAUGCUGCUCUGGACUUCCCUCUCGCCAAGCACAACGGAUCUGCAAGGGAGAGGGAAAAUGUCCAAUGACCUACCAUUUAACGCUAUGAAUGACAAUUUGGACCCUAUGAAGCCUGUCGUUCCAUGGCCUCGUGUGGAAGGUGUGGAGGUGAACCUCAAUAACAUCAAUCAGAAGGAGGGCGGGGGGGGAGCGGCUAUGCAGAACAAGAACGUCGUACAGAACCAGUACAUCACGUUUAAGCCGCAAACCCACGUCUACACCGACCCGGUUCUGAAACGCGGGGUCCUGGGCAACUUUGAGCCCAAAGAGCCUGAGCCUCCCGGCAUCCUCGACGGCCCAGGAGAGGGCGCCAAACCCUUCGUCCUGGGGGCAGAGUACAAGGAAGCGGUGCAGGCCAGCAUCAAAGAGUUUGGCUUCAACAUGGUGGCCAGUGACAUGAUUUCCCUGGACCGCACCGUCAGUGAUUUACGCCACGAGGAGUGCAAAUACUGGCAUUAUGAUGACAACCUGCUGACCUCCAGCAUCGUCAUCGUCUUCCACAAUGAGGGCUGGUCCACCCUGAUGCGGACGGUGCACAGCGUGAUCAAGAGGACGCCCCAGAGAUACCUGGCCGAGAUCGUCAUGAUUGACGACUUCAGCAAUAAAGCACACCUGAUGGGGCACUUGGACGACUACAUCAAGCAGUGGAAUGGCCUGGUCAAGGUCUUCCGGAAUGAGAGGAGGGAGGGUCUAAUCCAGGCCCGCAGCAUCGGGGCCCGGAAAGCCACUCUGGGUCAGGUGCUCAUCUACCUCGAUGCCCACUGCGAGGUGGGAGUGAACUGGUACGCUCCUCUGGUGGCUCCCAUAUCCAAGGACAGAACAAUAUGCACAGUGCCUUUGAUAGAUUACAUAGACGGCAAUGAAUAUGACAUAGAGCCGCAGCACGGGGGCGACGAAGACGGCUUCGCCAGGGGGGCCUGGGACUGGAAUAUGUUCUGGAAGCGGAUCCCGCUGACUGAUAGGGAGAAGGCUAAACGGAAGCAUGUGACAGAGCCCUAUCGAUCUCCGGCCAUGGCUGGGGGUCUGUUCGCCAUCGAGCGAGAUUUCUUCUUCGAACUGGGACUCUACGAUCCCGGCCUGCAGAUCUGGGGAGGGGAGAAUUUCGAGAUCUCCUACAAGAUCUGGCAGUGCGGGGGUCAGCUGCUCUUUGUGCCUUGUUCCCGGAUCGGACACAUCUACCGGCUGCAUGGCUGGCAGGGAAAUCCUCCCCCAACCCAUGUAGGCUCCUCCCCCAUACUGAAGAAUUACGUCCGUGUGGUGGAGGUCUGGUGGGACGAGUACAAGGACUACUUCUAUGCCAGCCGGCCGGAGACAGUAACCCUGGCUUAUGGGGACAUCAGUGAGCUGAAGAAAUUUCGGGAGGAGCACAACUGCAAGAGCUUUAAAUGGUUCAUGGAAGAGAUCGCCUAUGACAUCCCCAAGCACUAUCCACUGCCCCCCAAGAACGUCGCCUGGGGGGAGAUACGAGGAUACGAGACCAAUUACUGCAUAGACAGCAUGGGUAACACAAAUGGAGGCAAUGUGGAAAUCGGACCUUGUCACAGAAUGGGAGGGAAUCAGCUCUUCCGGAUCAAUGAAGCCAGCCAGCUCAUGCAGAAUGACCAAUGUUUGACCAAAGGCUCAGAUGUGAUGUCAAUCACCAUGAAUCACUGUAAUCUGAACGAAAACAUGGAGUGGAAGUAUUUUAAGGAUCUGUACCGGUUCACCCAUGUUCCCACAGCGAAGUGCCUGGACAGAUCAGACAUCCUGCACACGGUGUUUAUUUCUGAGUGUGACAGGAACAAGACGACUCAGAAGUGGGAGAUGAAUAGCAUCGUGGCAGUGUGAAUCUGGGAAGCAUCAUUCGUGCAGCAGGUCUUGAGAAACAGGUGCAGUUAAAAGCAACUAUCUGAAAGAAGAGAAGCCGGCGAUGGUGCCGAUUGGCCAUUCCAUCAACCACUGGAAACGCUAAUCAUUGGCCAGGCUCCAUGCUGGAUGUUUACAGAUGUCUUGGAUGACAGUAUUUUCCUCAGGGGUUUAAAAGUCAUCUCUUUAUAAUGACAGAAUUGCUCUAUUCAUCUGCCCAUAAAAUUGAAGACAUUGGUUAAUAUGGAUGUUUUUCCCCACGGAUGCGUCUUGUCAAUCAUUGUAGUAAACAUGUAUUGGAGCAAUAGAACCCACAUAAAGCACAUUGUCUCAUUAGAAUGGAUUAGUUUGGGAUAUAUUACUUCAAAUGUGUGUGCAUAAACUCCCCAUAUUUUAGUACUAUAAAACUUUUGCGCAAUUGUUACACA